AUGAACCCGAAGAAGAAACGUGUAACCAAGAACAAGGAACGAGUAGAUCGCGAAGAACAAAGUAAAUACAAAUUUGAUCCUCUGGGUCUGGAGGUUAAACAUCCUGGGACAGCGGUAUUGCUUUUGCAAUGUCAAGAGCAACCUAUACUCUUAGCUGCGGCCGCUGCUCUCUCCAAGUAUGGCAGCAAAUCUCAAGGAAACCUAGAGGUCCUGUUCGACCUCGAAAUUGUAGCAAGCGUUAUCCCGCUAAUCGAACACGAAAAUCUAUUUACUCGAAGAUUUGCUGCAAAGCUGUUGGCAGAGAUGGCAGCCAUUCCCAACGUUCGCAACUUCCUGCUAGACAGCACCUACUAUAUUCCACAUUUUGCAAAUAUUUUGGUCAACGACAAAGACCUCUUCAUGCAGGAAUUCUCCUCUGCAAUAUUAGCAGAAGUGUCAAAGGACAUGUUCGGCGUCGCACAAUUAUUGAAACAAUGUUUGGAUAUGAACUUCCUGUUCAAGAGACUUCAGUCUCCAGAUCCGGACGUGAAAAAGAACAAUUUAGAAAUUAUGCACAAUCUCUUGCGAGAUUCUACUGGAGCCAAAGAAAUGAUAGAAACAAAGGAUUUUAAUUUGAAUCUUCUAUACGAUCUUUUCGACUCGCCUUAUCGCGAAAUCCAAGGAUUAGCAUUGAAUAUCGUGGGUGAGCUGGUCAGUAGGAACCAAGAUGAUCACUUGCAAAACCUUUUCAGAAGAUCGAACGGUCUCCAGGCUUUGCUAAAGUUUUUAGAUAAAGAAGAAUGCGUAGACCUUCAUUCGGAGGUGCUCAGAAUUCUCUGUUUGGCCUCCGAUAAUCCUGCAACGAUCGAUUUACUCAACGACAUCGGAGGCAUUAAAAGGCUUCUACAGUACACACAAGACACGCCAAACUCGAAAUUUUUCGUGGAAGCUCUUGAUGUAGUCGUUCGCCUAUCGCACACUCCCCUAGGCAGAAAAGCACUGUACACCUACGGGAUCAUCGAUCAUUUAUUGCUGACAUUGUCUGGCAACGUGCAGUCCAAUAUCUACGAGAUCAGCUGUCACGGUAUCGGUAUGAUGACUCUUCACAACGACGCUGCUAAAGAACUGACCGAGAGCAAUUGCAUAAAGAAUGUUUUAGAUAUACUGAAAAAUGAAAACUUGAAAUGGACUAUAAGACAGGCAGCCAUGUUUGCAUUGAACCGAUUGCUAAAGUGUGACAUGAAGAAUUGCCACUAUUUCUUGGAUACCCAUGGACAGGUAGACACGUUGGACAUCCGAGAUCGUUUGAACAGCUCUAGAACUGUCAUUUAG